GGCGGGGCGUAUAAAUGUGGUUUCCGCUUUUUAUCUUUCUGCACCAUGGCGACGGGGACGCUAAAUUUACCACAAUUCUUGUACGGAUGCUUUUUAAUAUUGCUGUUAAAACCAAACCCGAUUUAUUGCCAGCAGUUUUCUAUUUCCUUUUCCCAGCCGUCGGAUUGCGGGCUGCAGAGUUAUUUUGACAUUUCCAGCUUGACUUGUGUGAAAUGUGGAGCGAACCAAGUCGGGAGUAAAUCAGGUGUGAGCUGUGAAUGUCAGACGGGUUUCAAGGUCCUGAACAGCAACGGAGGAUACCUUACCUGCCAAAAGUGCCCAGACACCAAACCGGGUGUUACACAGGAUGGAUAUGAAUGUAUCAGAUGUCCAGGCGGACUGGGAGAGGACGGGAAAUGCCAGUGUCCUGAAUAUAGUGUUCUUGUGGAAAGAAACGUAAAUGGCAUCCCUCUCCAAGAAGCUCUGUGUGAGUUGUGUAAUGGAACAGAGACAGCUUUUUCUUUUCCAGACGCAAAGGGCGACAGAUGUGUGCGAUGUCAGGAAUCCUUCAUCAACACGUCUCAAUCCUGCAAAUGUAGCUCCAAGCCGACUGGAGGUAUGUGUUUCCCUCCCAGCAGUCUGCCCACUUCAGUUGUUGCCACAAUCAAUUUUGCUCAGUUGGGCCUGGCUGUUACAUCUGCCUGGUUUUCUGACUUCUUGUAUUCAUCUGCAGCUGCAUGUCUGUUGUUCAGUAAUCGGACAGCGUGUCAAGCUCUGGGGAACAUGUGCGUGAUGAACAUGCACUCCUCAAGCACGAUCAGCAACGAUGCCUGCGGCCUCUACAACACCAUUUACAGAGCAACAGCAGCACAGGGCAACAACCAGGACAACCCAUACUGGAGGAUAAACCUGCCCUGGCUGUAUUAUGGAGAGCAGCCAGGAUUAGCAUCAAGAGUUCUGCAGACUGAGCCGCUGCCUGUAGGCUUCAGCUUUAAAGGCACAAACAAGAACACAAACAUAGAGCUGUGGGUGGCAGUAUACACAACACAAGGAGAGUUUAUAAAAUGGGAGCGUGUUGGCAGAAGUCUCCUGCAGCUUUGUCCAGAUACCUCAACCAGACAGCAGGCUGCUUACACAUUUGGGACAGCCUACAAGCAAAGCUGUGUUCUCUCGGUCUCGGAUCUCCUGGCUGCUUAUUCGGAGCCUCUGUUUUACGACGUCUUCAUAGUGCAGCAGAAGACUGCGGGAGAUGAGCGUCUGCUGGCUGUGCCUAUUCUCAACCUCAAUCUGCAGUUUAAUGGCCAGUUUAUCAACCAAGCCUCUGACAUGAAUAGCUGGUACCUGACACGAAGGCUGAUGAUGAUAGACACAUUGAGCGGGAGAGAAAAGAGUCAAACAACCAUCCCCAGAGUUAUUCGUGUUGCCAGUAACUUAAAAAUCAGGUUCCAGCUGGUGCCAAACACCCAAAAAGGACAGGUGUACCCUCCACUGAUGACCGUAUCCUACUCUGAUAUUCUCAUCACUGACCCGGCCAAGCAAACCGUAGCUGUAUCAUUCUCUUUGGAGUAUGAGAUGGAUCAGGAAGAAGCACGAGUUAAAACUGAUAUUGCACUUGGUGUGUUGGGUGGAGUGGCUGUUGUUUACUCUCUUUUGAAGACAGCAAGCUGGAAAAGAAGGAUCGCUUCUCCACUCAUUGACGUACAGACCAUUUUGAAGUUCCUGCUGUUCUACUCUGGAGAUCUGGCAAAUGUUUUCUUCAUCAUCACUGUGGGAACUGGUCUGUACUGGCUCAUUUUUUAUAAGGCUCAGCAGUUUGUGUCUGUAUUGUUGCCCUUGCCAGCUCAAGAGGAUCGUUUUGUCAUAUACGUUGGCUGUGCUUUUGCACUUAAGGCGGUGCAGUUCCUUCAUGAGUUGUGGUUGCAGAUGUCAGUGGAUAUAUUCUUUAUAGACUGGGAGAGACCUCGCAGUGGCAAGUCCAGUAAAUCUGUAGAAGGGUGUGGUGAAGGAAAGACCGCAGCACCAACAGUCAGCAUCUGGAGGACGUAUUUUGUGGCUAAUGAAUGGAACGAGAUCCAGACAAUCCGAAAGAUCAACCCGACCUUCCAGGUUAUCUCUGUGCUCUUCUUCCUGGAGGUGGUGAGAUUCUCCAGCCUGGCAUUGAGAGACCCCUCUUCUGAGCUUCAGCGCUCAUCUCAGGAAUACAUACCCGCCUACAGCCGCAUACUGCGCUACGGUGUGGCAGCUGCGGUGUGGCUUUGCAUUGGUUUCAUACAGAUCAUCUUCUUCUCUGUUUUCUACGAGCGCUUUGUGGAAGACAAGAUUCGCCAGUUUGUGGAUCUCUGCUCCAUCAGCAACGUAUCAGUCUUGCUGCUUUCUCUGCGCUGUUUUGGCUACUACAUUCACGGCCGGUCUGUGCACGGCCAUGCCGACACCAACAUGGAGGAGAUGAACUCCAACCUGAAGAGAGAGGCGGAGAAUCUUUGCGGCCAGAGAGGACUGUUACCUAAUUCUGACGUUCAGACUUUUCAGAUCUCCAUAACAAGCCGUCUGAGGGCGCAGUAUGAUCGUAUAUUCGAGCCCCUCAGCAGAAGAAAUGGACCCUCGAGAUUGAUCGAUGCCUCCGCCAACCCGUUCGAGCAGAACACAAAAGCCUAUCACACCAUGAACCGCUUUCUCGCCUCUGUUAUUGACCACGCUCAUCGUGAGAUGGAUUACAUUGUGAAAGACAAACUGCUCUUUGAAAGAGUUAUCGGAAUGGAGUUUAUUGAACCCCUGGACAAAAGCAUUUUUUAUAACGAUGACUCUUACUCCUUUGCAGAGGUGCUUUUCUAUGGGAACGAGGCGACGCUGUUGAUCUUUGACACACUCUUUUUCUGCGUUGUUGAUCUCGGCAGUCAGAACUACAUUCUGGCAGCUGUGCUAACAUAUGUACAGCAACUGGUCUUCAGGCUGAUUCGAAAUGUCUCCGGUCGCAGGAACCUGGCCAGAAAAACUCUGGUUGACAAAAGAUUCCUCAUCUAAUUUACUUAUUUCAUCAUGUACAUUUUGCAUUCAUACCACUUUUAUUGUAUUUCUUACUUUGCCAACUCAAAGCAAGUUGUGUUUUGAUGCCUUAAUGUUUUGUAUGGAUUUGUGUGGUUUGAACUAGAUUUUUGUUUUUAAUUUGUAUAGUUUGUUAUUUCUUGUGUAGAGUACAGAAAAUUCAGUAUUUUUCUACAAUCAUUAAACACUACAUUGAUUGACCGUGUGUACAGUAUAUGCUGUGGAAUGAUGUUGAACAUCAGCAUGUUGUGUGGUCUGAGAUGAUUCUCUCUCUUCGCCACUGUUAUAAAAAAGGGGUUGUGUGACAUUUACAGCAUUUGUCAGGCGCCCUUAUCCUUAUCUCAUUUAUAUAACUGACCACUUGAGGGUUAAGGACCUUGCUCAAGGGUCCAGCAGUGGCAACUUCGUGCUACUGGGAUUCAAAUUCUCAACCUUCCAGCACCUGAUCCACUUCCCUGAGUUACUGUAACCUUGCUAUCAAGCCAGGAAGCAGGAGGCAGAUCUGGCAACAAGUCAUUUCCAUCCACAGAGUUGCUGCUCAAUACAUACCCUUUUUGUUACUCUGUAUAAACUUUCAAGACUGUUGUUUAUGAAAAUCCCAGACCAGCAGUUUCUGAAAUACUCAGAAUGCCCAAGUAUCUCCAGCAAGCGUGUCAAGGUCAAAUUCACUGAGAUAACAUUUUCCUCCUGUCAUUAAACUGCAGCUGUGUUCAGAACCCAAACACUCAAGGCCAAACAGAGACAUGAGGGCAGAAUAAUAAGAUGAACUGGAUGAAUGCUUACUGAACUGGGCAAAUGAUUUAGUUAAACUGAAAAUGAUUUAAUAAAUCGAAUAGCGCACAUUCCCAAUAGCUGCAUGUUUACUGAAAAGCUGUCUUUCUUUGGCUUGAAUAAUUUGUAUAGGUGAAAUGAAUGAAUAUAGACUAGUUUAUCUACACUUACAUUCAAGUCUACACAAAAAUAAAAAUAGACUUGGAAACUAGUAUAGAUCUUGAAAAGAAAUUCUGUCCAACCUAUUGCCCUAACUUGACCUAAACUUUAGAAUUGGAGUUGGAUUUAACCUCAGCUUUAGCUAUAGUAGCAAAUAAUGAAAUAUUUCAGUAAAUAAUAAGUACAUAAUUCAGUAAACGGUGGCAAUGCUAUUCACUGCACCACCAUGCCACUAUAUUAAAAACCUAAAUCUACAUCAACUUCAUACAUUUGCCUUAAUUUGCAAACACUAACAAUAAACGAAUUUAAAUACAGCUAUAUUGACCCUCCUAGUUUCCUACAAGUAAAAAAUAAAUAAUGCCACAUAAGAUUUUCAGUCAAUUAGAGCAGGUUCAAUGCUGAUAAUCAAUUCAACCUACGUCUUCUAGUGUAAAUAUCUAACCAGUCAGUGUCCUAUGAAAAGUCAUUCUUUCAGUGUUUAAUCAGUACCUUGUUAGAAUUUAUUUUAGCCUGUAUAGAAAAAAUAGAAAAGCCUCUUCUCUGUCAAAUUAAGCUAUGGGGUUUCGUGCAUUUCCGCAGACGUUUUUGUUCUCUUGUAUCAUUUAGUUCUCAACUUUCAUUCGUGUGUUUCCUGUUUGGAUAUGAAAUGAUGUAUGUGGUAAUCUUGAAACUGGCUGUUUCUAGUCUCUGUCACUGUCCUCAUCUGACCUCGGAAUUAGGGCCGCCGUAGAAGUACUCCAGAUGACUAAUUGAAAUUUCUUAUAGUGUGAUCAGACGGUUUCACCUCACAUGGUGUUCUGUGUAUGACAUAAGAAAAUAUGUCUCAAACAUAUACUACACUAUUAAUAGAAAGAGAAAGGCUAAAAGAAGUAAACUGGUGAGAAUUAAAUAUAGCCAUUAACAUAGGCUUAAUCUUAAUGGAAAAUGUAUAUAUUUAGAAGCAAAGGAAUCAUUAUUUGGAAGUGUCUGAAGAUUUAAGAUGAGGGGAUGGAGACAGGAUUUACAAGCAAAGGAAUGAGCAAUAAUUUCAGCAGGAGGUGUGUUUUCUUAAACUGGUUUGUUCUCAAAGCAAUGAGAUCGGUGUGUUUCAGAACUUCACAAAAAAGAUGAACCAGUGCUUUGUUAACUCGACUUUUUGUUUGAUUAAUAAAAUGUCGACUUUUUGACAUCAGGCCUCAAGCCUCAGAGAUAUUUUUAUUCCAUGACAUCUCUUUACUUUUAAUGGAAAAAUACGUAUUUAUAUCUGUUUAUUCAGAAGCUGAGUCUUCCUUUCAACAGGUUAGAAACCAAGGGUCUUUCAGCAGGGUGCACAAAACAGAUGAGGAAGCAAUAAGUUGUCAGAAGAGGAGGAGCUGUGUUGUUUUGAACUUCACUGUUUCAAUCUAUUGUUUUAUCAGCAGAGCUGCUCCAAAAGUCUGAUCUGAUUCAUUCAUUUGGGGCUGGGAGGAAACUGUAACAUUUCCUAUUUGUACGCUGAGGACAGAAGGUACAGGACAGAGGUGACCAUGGCUGUCGUAAGAGAAUGGAGACCAGACACAAAUUCCAGAGGCCAUUACUACAUGAAUUAUGAAGGGGCACAUGUUAGUCUAUCUGAGCUGAGAAAGAGAAACCGUGAACACCGGUACCUGAGAAAAGAAGGCAUUCCCCGUUAUCCUAAAUAUGUCUUCCAUGAGCCCAAUGUUUGCCAUGUAACUGAGAAGAGUGGCCUUCAUGGAAUCUUCAAUGACAAUGGAUUCAGAGGUGGUGAUGAUGGCUUCCUGUGGUGGAGCCUUUCAAUGUCUGCUAACUCAAUGCAAAAACAGCCAUACCUGGAAGAAUUUGCCACUUCUCCUGCAUUCCAGACUGAAUCCCGUUAUGGCAACUUCCGCUUCACUCUUCCACUAACAGAGCUCCUGAAACAAUACAGCAAGCAGUUCUGCUGGAGAACUUCUCCGAUUCUACGUGUGUUAGGCACCAAGCUCUACAAGCAAGAAAUAGUCUAUUCUGUUUUGGUGCAUCCACAAUACAUGAGGUGCUAUAGGGAAUAUCCUCGCCUACCUGUUAAAAUCGAGCCUGAUAAAUAUUUGUGUAUGUACAGCCAAAAGACAAUGACCUGGUGCUGUCAGUCACCUUCAGAUAAUUAUGAAUACGGCCUGGAGAUGGAUAAUGAGGACGGUGUAGAGUAUCCCAGUCCACUGGACAGGACAGAAUAUUUUGUAUGGGACAAAGUAGCUGUGGCCUUCCACAUGAAGAAGAACUGGGUACUGCGUUUAGGUCGCAGAAGUCUAUUAAAACACUUGAGUGUAUGUGAGGUAGCACAAGUGAAUCUGUUAAAAGAGCCAGAAAUGUCUGUCCAGAGGGCUAUGGCAGAAGUAGAGUAUUUAAAAAGAAAGUUUAAUCUUUGAAAAACAAAUUCAGAUCUUUGUUCAGAGGUGGUUGGUCUUGAUUCUGUAGUUAAACAAAAGUUGUAACUCGAACCCGAACACCCAGACCACUUCAUUAAAAUCAGAAUGAAACUAAUAUGCCACAGCACUGUUUUCUAUAACAACAACUCCGACAGCGCAGGCUGCAAUUCAACUGACAUGUUUAUGUUUAUACAUUCUUAUAAUACAAGUGUUGAAUUGUUGAUUUGGUGAAUCUUUCUGUAACAUGUUCAACAUUUAUGGAAGGAGUCUUCAGUGUCAGCACUGUUAUUCUAAUGUUGAGUACAUUUUCAAGACUUAUAAUCUCCUUAUAAUGUCUCCAAAUGGUCGUGAAAUAUCAAGAAACUUGCAAUUCAAGCUCUGUAUUUCGUUAUAUUAAAUAUAUAAAACCUUCGUAAAUGCUACUGUAUAUUUAUACAUAUAUAUCAGCUAACAUUUCAUUUGUUACUUUGGUCAAUGUUUCUGGUAUCCUGGUAUUUUUUGCGUCAUUAAAAAUGUAAUGAGGAGAAUCUAUUAAAAUUUAGAGUACAGUCUGAUCUGUGAAAUUAAACCGAUAAUGUGGUGUUCAGAUGCAUAAAGGAUGGACAAGUAAUUUAAGUGGUGUUCAGGGGUGAAAAAAUAUUUGAGUAUUUAUACUUUAUUAUUAUUCUUAUGUAUUAUUUUGGCAUAUUUUACUUCAAAUGUCUCAUAGUCUGAUCAGACGGUUUCACCUCACACGGUGUUCUGUGUACGACUGAUGAGAAAAUGUGUCUCAAACAUAUGCUACACUAUUAAGAUGAAAUUUAUUUAUAAUUCACUUGUAGCAUCAUGUACACAAUAAAUAAAAUCCUAAAAAUCUA